GGGGACAGGCCAGCCGCGGCUCCCACGCAGCGCCCACACGGCCGUCGGCGGCGCAGGCGGAUGCCGUCACCGGAAGCGGAAGGAGCGCGCCGCCGGCCGCGCAGAUGGCUGAACGGAGGCUCCUUGUUCUCUUUGGCAGCCAGACUGGGACAGCUCAAGAUACAGCCGAGAGAAUUGGCAGGGAAGCCAAGCGGCGCCACUUUCACUGCCGGGUAGAGGCCCUGGACAGUUACCUUGUGGCGCAGCUGAUCCAGGAGCUGCUGGUGGUAUUUGUGUGUGCAACCACAGGCCAAGGGGACCCGCCUGACAACAUGAAGAAUUUCUGGCGGUUUAUCUUCCGAAAGAACCUGCCCGCCUCCCUUUGCCAGAUGGACUAUGCCGUGCUGGGCCUCGGAGACUCCUCCUAUCCCAAGUUUAAUUUUGUUGCGAAGAAGCUGCACAAGCGGCUGCAGCAGCUCGGGGCCAGCCCCAUCCUGCCAGUAGCCUUGGGAGACGACCAGCACGACUUGGGGUCGGAUGCAGUGGGUCCCUGGCUACUGGACUUGUGGGGAAGGAUCUCCCUUGUACCUCUGCCUCCUGGCCUUGGCAUUAUCAGCCCUGAUGUCCUUUUACCCUCCAAGUUCACUCUGCAUUUUCUGGAGGAGCGCUCCAGUGGCUGCGACAGGGGCCAGUCCCAGCAGGAGGCAGCCAGGCAGGCCCCCUCAGAGCUGCACCCCUUUGCUGCCCAGGUGGUGUCCAACCUGAGGGUCACGGCGGAAUCACACUUCCAGGACGUCCGGCUCAUUGAGUUUGAUGUCACAGGCUCUGGGAUUGAGUACCGUGCGGGAGACGUGCUGAUGGUCCAGCCCCGGAACGCCCCCGAGGACGUGCAGCAGUUCUGCCAGCUCCUGCGCCUGGAUCCAGAGAGAUGCUUUGUGCUGAAGCCCUCUGAGCCCGGAACCCCCCUUCCUGCCCACUUGCCGCAGCCAUGCACCAUCCAGCACCUGGUUGCCUGCUACCUGGACAUUUCCUGUGUUCCCCGUCGCUCUUUCUUCGAGCUCUUGUCCUGGUUCUCGCCAAACGAACUGGAGCGUGAGAAGCUGCAGGAAUUCAGCUCUGCGCAGGGCCAGGAGGAGCUCUACAGCUACUGCAACCGGCCCCGCAGGACCACCCUGGAGGUCCUCUGCGAUUUCCCUCACACCGCUUGUGCUGUUCCGGUUGACUACCUGCUGGACAUCAUCCCCCGGAUCCAGCCCCGUGCCUUUUCCAUCGCCUCCUCCAUGCUGGCUCUCCCCAACAGACUCCAGAUCCUCCUGGCUGUGGUGCAGUACAAGACUCGCCUCAGCAAACCCCGACGUGGCCUCUGCUCUACCUGGCUGGCAUCCCUUAACCCUCAGCAAGGGGAUGUCCGGGUGCCUCUGUGGGUGAAGAGGGGAGGAAUGAAGUUCCCUACCGAGCCAGACACCCCCAUCAUCAUGAUUGGCCCUGGCACGGGAGUGGCACCCUUCAGAGCAGCCAUACAGGAGCGUGUUGCACAUGGCAGGAAGGGGAACUAUUUAUUUUUUGGCUGCCGCCAGAAAUCCAAGGACUUUUACUGUGGGGCUGAAUGGCAGGAGCUGGUGAAGAGCGGGCACCUGACUCUCUUUACAGCCUUCUCCAGGGACCAGGAGGAGAAGAUUUAUGUUCAGCACCGAAUUAGAGAGAACAAAGGACUGGUCUGGGAUCUACUGAGCCGUGGGAACGCUCACAUCUACCUGGCAGGAAAUGCCAAGCAAAUGCCGGCAGCAGUAGCAGAAGCUCUAAAAUCCAUGUUCCAAUUGGAAGGGGACCUGUCCCCUUCAGAAGCUGAGGAGUAUCUAACAGCCUUGGAAAGAUCCCAUCGCUUUCAGGUGGAAACCUGGUCGUAAGCCUGAAGGCGGGCCUGGGACUGCCUGCUCCUGGCCAUUCCCCCACCCAACCGAAUGCUUGUAGCUAUGUGGGAGCGUCCAGGCACAGACAACAUCCAAUAAACCCGUCAGCACCUUG